UACGACUGACUACACCAGUCUAAAAUACGUCGUGCCAAAAAUUCAGAAAGUUGAGACCAAAAAAAUGACAAGCAGAGUAGCAGUUCAGCAGUUACUAACUACGUUAAAGAAGAAUUUGAUAAAUGUCAAAAAGUUAAAAACAAUUUUUUAAAAACUAAAAAUAUACGAUUUGUUGUUAAUAUUCAAAUUGAGUUCUUAAAAAUAAAAAGCUUGUAUGUGAAAUAUGAUUUAGUUACGUAAGUGUCUCUAUUAUCAUUCAAAUGGAAGCUGUAGCAGAAAAGUUGACAAGAUCAAAGAACAUGUCAGAGGAGUUGUCUGGAGUUACUUUUGUUAUAAUAAUCGGGAUGGGGACUCUUACUGUACUUUUAUUAUUCAUAUUUGCAAAGCGACAAAUUCAGCGAUUCGCACUUCGAUCAAGAAGAGGACCACAUAUACCAAUAGGACAUGAUGGGUCAAAGGUUCUUAAACGAGAAAUUGAGCGUAGAAUAGAUUUAAUUAAGAAAAUAGAAUGUGAGCCAGAGCUGAUUACAAAGUCUGAUCCAAGGUACAUAGUUUGUCCAGGGCAACAAAUUCCAGCACACUACUAUAGAUUAAAAGCUGUGGAUGACGUAAAGAUUUUAGAACAUGAAAUUACAAAGCAAGACAACUGUCUGUUCAGACAUCCUAGUGAAAACUUAAGAGCAUACCUUUUAACUACGUUAGCAGCUCCAUUAAACGGUAGUGGACAAAGACUGAUACAUGAAUUUUGUGAUAUGUAUGAACAUGCCAGACAUGACCCCAAUCAUUUUGGAGAUGAAGAAUAUCAACAAUAUAAUAGACUACUGUUAAAGUUAAUUGAUGCAGCCAAACUUCUUAAGUCAUAUAAUACAAGCAGAAAAUCAUCACCAAAUCGUACACCCCAAAGAAGACAUGCAGCUGAGAGAAGAAAUAUACAUUCCCAUUACAAUGCCGAAGAUGAAAUACUUAGUGUUUCAGAACGUCUUGACUCAAGACCGACCUCUCUAUCCAUUCUAGCUUCUGCAGAUGAUGAAACAUCUGUCUAAAUAUCUAUAAAUAUGUUGUAUAAUAUACAACUUUAUAAUUAAGUAUAUUUUUUCUUGUAUUUAUAUUUCAUAUAUUAAAGUAAUAUAUGUAUUAUGUAAGCUUUA